AUCGACCGUGUGAUGGCAGCCCUGCCGGCUGUGUUUGGCGAUUGAGAACUCCGCAACCUUCGUUUCGCUGGUUUCACGUAGCCGAAAAGUCCGGAAGAUGGCAAAUUCAGUCGCAUUGCUGCGAAAUCUUUAUCGUACGACACAUGUUUGGACCCCAGCGUGUGUGGUUCCGACAAGAAAGCUUACGACAGCAAAAGCGAAGUAUGGUGGUCGGUUUAUGGUUACUGUUUUACCUGGUGACGGCAUUGGACCCGAGUUGAUGAAGCAUGUCCGGGAAGUCUUCAGGUACGGGGGCAUACCGGUCGACUUUGAAGAGGUCAGUCUCGAUUCCGAACAAGAUGACAUCGAGACAGUGUCCGAAGCCAUCACAGCCAUUAAGAGGAAUGGCGUAGCACUGAAAGGUAACAUCGAAACUCGUCACAACUCUCCAAGCUACAAGUCGCGGAAUGUGGAGCUGAGGUUGCGACUGGGCCUCUUCGUCAACGUCAUCCACUGCAAGAGUCAGCCGGGGGUCGUCACGCGUCACAACGACAUCGACAUAGUCCUCAUUCGUCAGAACACAGAGGGAGAGUACAGCUGUGCCGAACAUGAGAGCGUACCAGGUGUUGUCGAAAGCCUGAAGGUUAUCACACGAAAGAAGUCAGAAGAGGUAGCACGCUACGCUUUCGAGUUUGCCCACCAAAAUGGACGGAAGAAGAUCACAGCUGUGCACAAGGCCAACAUCAUGAAGCUCUCCGAUGGCCUAUUCCUCCAGUGCUGCGGCGAGGUGUCGAAAGAUUAUCCGGGCAUCGAGUUUGAUAACAUGAUCAUUGAUAAUUGCAGCAUGCAGUUGGUGUCCAAUCCAAGCCAGUUCGACGUGCUGUUGCUCCCCAAUCUCUAUGGAAACAUCCUGACCAACAUAGCCUGCGGUCUCGUUGGUGGCCCAGGUAUCACCUCAGGCAGAAACUACGGCCACGACUAUGCUGUGUUUGAGACGGGUACAAGGAAUACAGGGAAGUCUAUUGCCGGAAAAAAUAUUGCAAACCCGCUGGCUAUGAUGAAUGCAAGUGUUGACCUUCUGGAUCACCUAGGGUUGAAGAAGGAUGCCACAGUCAUAAGAAAUGCCAUAGACAAGACAUUAAACGUCGAUAAGGUUCACACACCCGACCUUGGAGGACAAGCUACAACGAGGGAUGUUGUAAACAACAUCAUCAAAGAAGUGCAAGCAACUACUUAGACGUAACGGGGGCUAACAUCGUCUCAGUUAGUGUAGCCAGCCAAGUCACAUGUGACAGGAUAUACUGUAUACCUGGAGUAAUUCAAACCCGUAUAUUUUUGUUGAAAUUAUUAGAAAUUCAUCUACGUGUGUCGUGAGACUAAAUUAUGACUCGUUAUGUGGGGCGAUACACACAAGACAACCGUUUUGAAGCUCUUCCUCUGCAUGUACACACAAAGAAUGUUGGUAGCCGCACUGAAGACCUGUCCAUGGUAGCCAAUCCCUAGCUGGACAUUUGUCCUUACUGAGGUGUUACGCAAAAUGAAGUACGUACAUGCCAAGAAUACUGCGUAUCUUGUGUAUGCUAACAGUGUGGCAAGCGUCAAAGAUGUUUUCUUAUUGCAGAUUUACUAUUGCUCAUUGCAAUGUGCACUGAGUUUUCUUGUCAUGUAUGUGCAGCGUCUUAUCUUUCCUCAGCAAAUAACGUGUUGGCCUCGUGGAACUCUGCAGCCCAAGGCUGAAAGUAUGUCAACAAGUCAAAGUGUUGCUGGAGACCCACACAUGGAAAGGUUGAAGCUAUUACGUAGUGUUGGCAACACUGUGCACAUUAUUAGAGUCGCAAAUUAAAACAACCACUUUUUCCACAUUUGUGAGGCGGUUCUCAUGCUCUAAUGCCUAAAUCGCUGGUAUUCUAUUCAUCCAGACCCCUAUGAAUAUAUAUGCUCGACUGUUUGGGGAGCCCCCCAGCAGGAGCAUUGUAUGAGGAAACGAAAAGUAUGAAUGAAAUUAUGUGGCUUUCAUAUGUGCAUUGUAAUCUUGGCAGGUAAACCAAAAUUUUGAAACUUGUUUGAGUUAACCAGAAAUACAAACAGAUUCAAUAAACUAGCCUACUGUAUAUCAGUUGCGCUGUGUUUAGGAGCAAAAUAUAUUUGCCAGAACACUUAUGUAAAUGCAUUUUAAUGUGCGUAUUUUUUUGGUCAGGAAAAGGCAAAUAAUGUUAUAGUAGUUAUUUGUGAAUUUUGUGAUGAGUCUCCCCUGAUUACAUAGGUGGGCUCUAAAUUAUGCUACUCAAUACAUACAACUUAUCCUUCUGUGAUUCAUUAAAUACUGUGGCACAUAAUUGUUUCGAGACUGUUCUGAUGUGCUCGAAGUGCUAGCUGUCUCAUUUGCCAUGAAAAGGAAGAAGCACACUUCAACAGUGCGCUAAACAUUUGGAUAUUGAUAGAACAAAGUGCAUAAAGCCUGAGGGGCUUUCUCCAGAUGGAUUUUGUCCACCAGAUGGAUUUUGUCCUGCACCUGUGCCGUACUAUUGAUGGGGUGGCAGUUUUGCAACUCUAGAUACCUUUUGUCAAUGAUUAAUGGAAUGCUUCGAAGUAGUGCUAAAAAGCUCCAGCUUCCAGAUUUCUUUCAGUAAAUUAUGAAAAAUAAAAAUGUCUUUUCUA